AGAGGAGAGAAAAAAAAAGAAGCAAGAGUACGACUGGUAGCAUAUUCUGAAGUCUUCUCUGCUUGUAUCUUCUAUCCAACAGCCACAACCUUCACAGUAGUGCGCAAAACACCGCCUCAAAACGGUUGUUGCCACCGUAACGCAUCCUUCCUUUAGGUUAUAGAAAAAAAUCCAGAUCGAGCAAUUUCAGAUCUAGACGAAGAUGAAUAUUUUCAGGUUAGCUGGGGAUAUGACCCAUUUGGCUAGCGUCCUCGUCCUUCUUCUCAAGAUCCAUACCAUCAAAUCGUGUGCUGGUGUCUCGUUGAAAACUCAAGAGCUCUACGCACUUGUUUUCGCCGCUCGCUACUUAGAUAUCUUUACGAGUUACAUAUCUCUAUAUAAUACUGUUAUGAAGUUGAUAUUCUUGGGAAGCUCAUUCUCUAUUGUGUGGUACAUGAGGUACCACAAGAUUGUUCGUAGAUCAUACGACAAAGAUCAGGAUACCUUCCGUCACUAUUUUCUUGUAUUGCCUUGCUUACUGUUGGCCCUACUUAUCCAUGAGAAAUUUACAUUUAAGGAGGUGGUAUGGACAUUUUCUUUGUAUUUGGAAGCUGUUGCCAUACUUCCUCAACUAGUACUUCUACAGAGAACCAGAAACAUUGACAAUUUGACAGGACAAUAUGUCUUUCUUCUUGGUGGGUACAGAGCACUAUACAUUCUCAACUGGAUCUAUCGCUACUUUACCGAGCCCCACUUUGUCCAUUGGAUAACAUGGGUUUCUGGGCUUGUUCAAACACUGCUCUAUGCUGAUUUCUUCUAUUACUAUUUCCAAAGUUGGAAGAACAACCGAAAGCUUCAUUUGCCAGCAUGAGUGUAAUUCUCCAUACAUAAAACCAAGGUUCUCAUGCCAUGUGGAUUAUUAAUAGUGAGCAGAGAAGAUUAAAGUAUAUCCGUCUAGACAGUGGUUUCUGAUUCAUGAUUUUCCAUAUUUGUUAGUUUUUGAUCCUUCAAUCAAAUACUACUGUACUAAUGACUAGAAGAUUAUAGAUGAAAAAGCUUCAAUUGUUUGUGAUGGUAUAAUCAUGCAAUAUGAUAUAUUCUAGAUGCAGGUACAAUGUUUAUUCUAGACUCAAGUUUUUCAAAUGAUGCAAGGGUCUUCUUUGAUUGACUAUUA